AAUAAUUCUUGUCCUGCUUCAGCACGCUGCGUGCGUGUGUGUACAAAUAUGUGUGUGUGUGUGUGCAUGGCAAGUGGAAGAUCUCGCAGUGUUUUUCUUGGAAGGGGGUCUCCAGGGUGUUAAAGUUGUGGUGACUGCUGUGGGGGAUGGGCACAUGAAGAGGGACAGUCCAAACUUUAACCACUUCACACCGGCUUCAUACUUUUCAUCGUGCUGGCCCCUCUUCUGCUUCGUUUUGAACUUCUUCUUCGUGAGUUUUCAUCUAAUCUUCCUCCUGCGUUCCCGGACUCCUCCAAAAAAAGCUCCCCUUAUCAGCGCGCUGCUUAAAACCGAGUAAGGUUUUUCUUCCUCUCCUCUCGCCAUCGUGCCGCGGAUCCAAAUCUCCGCCUCACACCCCCAGUUGCAGCACAUUUGUGUCCCGGAAUGACCUGUUGAUGUCGGUUAAAGAUGGAGAGUACCCUCCGCUUUAAACUCUCUCCGGUAACAACAAAUAAUGAAGUCCGUUCAAGCUGAGUGUCGCCCGCGUGCCUGGACAGGAUCGCUUAUUUCAUGAAGGUGUUAUAAAUAAUUUAUUAAAAGCGACAUCUUGGAGAGGAACACCGACCGGUAGCUGCCAUUCGACCGGCGGAGGAGGGCGGGCAUUCGACACCGACCAUACCGUGCUGGUAGGCACGGAGACGGCGAAAUGAGCGUUUUGGCUGCUUUAACGUCCCCGUGUUUGUCGGACGACAAAACAUCUUUCAUGGAAACUGAAGCAACUGACAUUUUAAAAAAUAGAAGGGAAACGGCUUAUUUUUUGUGUCCCUUCUCAUUUACCAUUCCCCCUCCUCCCCCCUAGCUGAGCACACACCGGCGCGGGCCAAGUCGAGCAACAACUCCCAAAUCCUAACCGGGCAUCGAGGCUGGCACACCGAGAGCUUUUCGACCGCCCCGACAGCCCUCCUUCACCCGCGGUGGCGGGACCAUCCUCUCCCUCCCGAGGAGUCCGCCGGCUAGACAUCGACUCCUAGACUUUCAUGUGAGAUUAGUUGAUGUAUAAUUGAUGCGUGUGGAUGGAAAUUCGCCUUUGAAGUUUCAGCUCUGGUGCUUUUUUUAAGGGAGGCUACGCUGUAGCCACAUCGUGGCUCAUUGUCUGUCCACGAGAGCCGGCGAAUGAAGCAUCGUGUCCCGUUUUUAAACGCAAGAGACAUUCAUUUAUUUGAUACAAAUAAAACUCGUUUCUUACUUUUAUUUUUAACUCUGACGUUUUCUUUAAAGAUUUUAGCUUUAGCUUUAGCAUGCUCUUUGCUAACAGGCCACCUUAAAAGUCCCGAAACCAGGAAACUGAGCAGGCAGUGAUGUUUAUAUAAAAGGAUGUUAUUCAGAUACUUAAUAGCUGUUAGUCUGUGCCAACAAGCUGACUGGAAUACUCCUUUUGGCAUGUGGGUGUUAGCAGGAAUAUGGUUACUCUGCCUAAAGCAAAGCAUCCUUUUUAAUACUGAACUGGGAAAAAAUGAGAGGAUUUUUGCACACACGCACAGAUGUAGCCACACGCAGUUGAGCAUUAAAUCAGAAUCAGUGAGGGGGCUUAUGUUAACUGCAGGGCAAGGGGUCAAGUGGUUUGAAUUAACUCCCCUUUAUGAUUCUUGGAAGUUUUUUUGACCCUUUUGACCUGCGAGAAGGAAAAGGCGGCGAGUAGGAGGUCUCGGGAGUGACAUCAGUGCUCCACAGUGGUGAUGAAAUAAAAUCAGUCAUGCUGGGUAGUGCAGUGGAGUAUAUGUCUUCUUCAAUUUUUGCUUUAAGAUGAAUGAAAAUGUGCAUUUGUUUUUGAAAAUGUCAGAAUAACUGCAGACUUUAAAGGUGUGGAACACUGAAAAAAAUAUUUCUGAUUAUAAUCGGUCUGCCUGAGUUUUUUUUAUCCAGGCUGAACAUGAAAAUAGUCUCCUACACCUAUCUCCUGCAUUAGCUAGAUUUGUAAAGCCUGACAGAUCUACCUCACACUGUCACUUAACGUCCAUGGACUCACCCAUCUUGACUCACAACAGGGAAGGCUGUUUUUGGUUUAGCGUCCAGAAAACCGCUGAGAACGUUUUGACUAGUUGAAGCUAACUGGUAGCAUUAGCAAUGUCACCACACAGCAGAACUCCUUCAGGCUUGUGUUAUUUGUGGAGACAAAACAUCAACAUUGCUGAGCAAACAGUCAAUGAUAGAGUUGUGUUGCUGUUAUCCAGCCCGAAGUGAGAUGUCCAAAUAUCAGGAAAUAAGACUCCAAAGCCUGCCGCCUGAAGCUCAAGGCUCUUUCUCAAUACUUACUUCCACCCUUGCGCCCCUCAAUUGUGCAUUGCCAUCCAGGGGCGUAAGAACGUAUGGUAUGGUGUCCCAAUUUUCAAGUGCGGAAGUUGACCACACCCCUUUUUGCACCCUUGAUCUGCACUUCGCUGAAGUCCACAUUGAUGUGGACUUAUUUUGAAAGUUGUUAAUCAAGUUUUUUUUAAAGCCGUACAAACAGCAACCGGCAUCCCAGCAUGCAUCCCGGUUGAUGAUACAAUUCUCCCUGUCCCAAUUUGGCAAUUAUUUGCAGACUUGUGCACUACGCACUCGAAGCCUUACUACGCACUUCUUGAGGACCGUUGGGUGCAGUGCGAGUAUUGGUACUGAGCCCAACUCUGACGUGGCUCACUUCUACUUCCUGAAACUGGUGUACAUUAUCCUGUUUUUUUAUUUUUUUUAUUUUUUUAACGAAGGAGUGCAGUGAUCUUUAGAAACAGGAGUAUUUGCUUAAUGGUGCUACUUUGGGGGAUAUUUGGGAGUUUUGGUGUCGCAAAGCUGGUUCCCUUUAUAUCUGGGUUGGUUACUAUGGCAACUGAUGCUGAUGUUUCUGUGAUCAUGAUGAGCAUUUUAUGUUUGUCUAUUUUUUAUUUUUUUUUACCGGUUUACAUUUCAGCUUUGUCUUUCUGAGGAUAAUGCCACCUCAAGACUGUUGUCAGAAGCAGAACUCUUGAGUUGAUUUAGAUAGUUGAUAACCAGCUCGCCCGGAUUCGUAGAGCUGGAUCUCCUUAGGACCCAAAUGAUCCAUGUCUGAGAAAAAAAGCAUAAAUUCUCACCGACUAAAUCCAAAGCAUAAAGAAAAGGUCACAAGAAGCAGAGAACCCCAGAGCAAAUGUUUGGUUCUAGCAAUGAGGUGGGGAAAUCUGGAACUAUUUAAACAGGGAGGACUGCUUAUUUACGACAAACAGCUGGGGUGAUUGACAUAUGGGGCACACGUGGAAUGCUGAAAACUCUUUGAGCCAUCAAAUAAAGACAACACAAUAAAAAAAGAAACAAAAACCUAUAAAAACAAAUGUAAAAAUCCAAGAUCCUGUCAUAUUUCAUCAAAUGGGCACCUGGAAAUAAAGCUUGCACCAAUUAAGCAGUGUAUAUAGAUUUCCUAAAUUUAAUGCGAGUUGUAAAAUAUAUAGGUUCACGAAAUAAGGAGGCAAAAAUCUUAGAGAUUUUUUUUUUCAAAUAUACUUGAAAUUAUUCCCAUUUUAAUCGUCUAACUUUGAUUUUACAGAAUCUUCCUUUUAGUUCAGCAUAAUGGCGUGUCACAUUCUGGCUUCCUUUAACAGCUGAAACUCAGGAGUGCCUGUGUGGAUAGAUAGUAGUAAAAAAAUUACCCGUGUUUCAGAAUGAAAAUAAAGGAAAUGUAUGAAAAGACAAGGUUUCAUCAACCUCCCUUUCUUUCUGGCUGAAGCGUGCUCACAUUAAUCAUAACGAAUUAAUUACUAUAAACUAGGAAAUUAAUUUAAUUAAACACUGAUGGGCCUGUGUGCUCGGUGCAGGCCUUACGUAGGCGUAAAACAGCACAUCAGAGUGCUUUAGUCCACUUGUUUUUUCUUACUCUAGCAUUUAUUUUUCAGCUGGGCUUAGGUUUGCUGCGUUUGCAUGCCUCACACUCACACCUGGAAGCUUGCCGUCACAAACACUAUCUUUAAUGUUGGCCACUCUGCAGCUCCUGCUGAAGGAGCUGGGAGGAGAGAUCCUACAUCUGAUGUCCUUGUCAAGUUUUAUCACUUGUGGACAACAGUUGAUACAUGUUACCCAUUUUGUCAAACCUAGAUAGUAAAAAUGUGUCUUUUGUUUGUUUUAAAGAUGAAUAAAACAUGGGUGGUUUAUUGUGCUCUCCGCUGAUUGUGUGGCUGUGAUGAAAGAUCACGUAUGUUGUAUGUUUUAUGUUUAUUUGGACUGAAUUAGUGCUGGUCGAUAUAGCUUAAAAUCAAUAUCACGAUAUAUUGAGGAUUUCACCUCGAUAACGAUAAAUGGACGAUAACUACAGGUAUGCACAGAAACAAAAAAUGUCCACUAGAUGGGGCUGUCACGUGUAUUAUGUUGAGUCACAUUUUUGUUUGACUCAAGGAAGUACAGCUUCUUAAAAGGACAAGAAUGUUGCCAACCUACACAUCUUUUUUCAUUUUUUUAUUAUCAAAUUUAUUGACAUGGGAAAAGUUAUCUUGAUAAGAGUCAGGAAUUUUGAUAACUGUGACAUUUUGAUUUAUUGGCCAGCCCUAGACUGAAUUAAACUGGAUCAACAGAGUUUAAUGCAUUGCAUCAUGGCACAUUGCUGUAGUGAAACUGGUUGUGUAGAAUUUUGAAUCUCUGUCUCUAUGUGACUCAGAUCUGUGAGGCAAAUGGUGGCCACACCAGAUACUGACUGGUUUUCUGCCCCACCACCCCCAUAACGCAAAACUGUGCACAUAUCAGGGUGUCCUUUUAUUGUGGGCAGUCUAAGGCACACCUAUACAUUAUUCAUGCUAUCUAAUCAGCCCCUUGAAAAGCCACACCUAUGAGAUGGGACGGAUUAUCUUGGUAAAGGAAAAGUACUCGCACACAUGUAGACAGAUUUCAGAAUGAUAUUUGAGAGCUAUGGAUGUUUUGUGCAUGUUGACAAAUUUUUAAGCUUGAUUUAUACAUCUGUGUCUGCGUCAGUGCGUAGAUACGCAACGCCAUUAUCAGUCGGCGCAAGGGCUCUCCGACGGGCUCACAGAGAGGGAUGGAGACAUGCUCAAAAAUUUAAACAUCCGUCGAAAGUUGACGGAAACUGCAAGCUUGUGAUUGGCCAGGACGCCGCUUCCUGCAUAUUCAUCACCAGCGCCGCUGUAGCUCCGUUAAAAAGUAAACAGAUAUUUAGCGGCAGACCCCGAACAGAUUGAAGAACGCAUCGUGGAAAAAGUCCGAAAAGAUUUACAUUUAUUCACCCGUGAAGGAAUACAAAAUACGGAGCAAACAUGGCCGAGAACGACAGGAAACGUGGGUUUAGAGGAGGUGACCACAUGAAGAGUUGGAGGAGAAUAAAGGACAAAUUUGGCCUCUGAAAUAUAUAAACACAUUAGUAAAUACGUUAUUGUGGACCGGAUACACGAGUGUUAUGGUGGCAGGUUAUCACAGAACAGCGCUACACCCUCUGUUGUCCUGGCAGGGAAUUGCUUUGCAACGCUCCGCUGCCUGAACAGAAGUUCAAAUGUGAAAACCUUUCCGACACUCCGUGUGCGUCUCUCCGUUGUGAAGCUCACGGAGAAUUAUAAACCAGGCUUCUGAUGUUUGAGUUCAGCUCAUGAGAAAUGGAAGCAAAAACAAAAGUGUUGCGUAUAUAUUUUUGUUCAGUGUUUAAUGAUCGCGGGUUGAGACACCUGAAUCAGAACGUGAAAACAAUAUGACUCUGUGGAUUUGAAAAUAAACAAAGAUGGAUGUUUCUAGAAACAUCUUCUCUAAUUAACAGUUAGUCACAAGGACUUACCAGAAUCACAACCCGACCGUUGCUGCAGGGGUCCAGGCUCUCUUUGGACAGUCCGGGUCGCUCGCAAUCAUCUCUUUCAUAUUUCGCAGUCCUUCUCUUUAAGCCUCCCACGGGCCGAACGAUCAAUCACACAGAUCCAUCUGCCUCGCUUAAUCCUCCUCCAAUUGGGCUACAACACUCCCAGGAUUUUUGACCCUGAUGGCCAUCCGUUGACCCUGUGGUGCUGGGCAGAGCGUAAUGGCUCAGACGCUGCAGAUGGCGAUCCCUAACUUUGGCAACAACGUCCUGGAGUGUCUGAAUGAGCAGCGGCUGCAGGGCCUCUACUGUGACGUCUCUGUGGUCGUCAAAGGGCACGCCUUUAAGGCCCAUCGUGCAGUGCUGGCUGCCAGCAGCUCCUACUUCCGGGAUCUGUUCAACGCCGUGGGGAAGAGCUCCGUGGUGGAGCUACCUCCGGCUGUGCAGCCGCAGAGCUUCCAGCAGAUUCUGGCCUUCUGCUACACGGGGCGCCUCAGCAUGAACGUGGGAGACCAGUUUCUGCUCAUGUACACCGCCGGCUUCCUCCAGAUCCAGCAGAUAAUGGAGAAAGGCACAGAGUUUUUCCUCAAGGUGUCCUCUCCGAGCUGCGACUCCCAGGGUCUCCACGCUGAGGAGACGGCGUCCUCUGAGCCUCAGAGUCCUGUCGCUCAGACAGUGGGAGGGGGUGGAGCUACUGUGGGAAGGCCUGCGUCCUGUCUGACGCCGUUCCCUCUGGUGUCCAAGGUGAAGACUGAGCAGGCCGCCGCCAUGCCUCAGCCAGCUCCGCAGCAGCAGCAGCAGGAAGGCUCACCGUACUCUGUGGUCUGCACCCCUGUGGCCAAACGACUAUGGGAGGGGGGAAACCGGGAUGGUGGAGGAGGGUCAGGGGGAGGCGGGGGAGGUGGGAUGAGAAAGGCCGCACGCUACUCUUCCUCCUCUUCCUUUUCCUCCUCCUCCACCACAGUAACGCAGGAAGUGUCUGGGCGCGGAGCGGCAGCGAACACAGUGGUGGUGGGUAGCGGCGGUGCCACGUCCGUGGGAGGGGCUGGACUCAAUAGUAAUCAAAACAACAACAACAACAAUGGCGGGACCCCCGAGGGCACAAGCCCAGGGACACUGAGCAUGUACACCAGCGACUCGCCCAUCAGUUACCAUGACGACGAGGAAGAGGACGACAUAGCAGAUGAGACGGCCGAAGAGCAGUACAGACAGAUCUGCAACAUGUACACCAUGUACAGCAUGCUGAACGCUGGAGCAGCAGUGGUCGGGGAGCCGGUGGAGGCCCUGCCAGACCUGACUCCUGACUCGGGUGGUGGGCGGGGAGGGAGAGGGGGGCGGACCCGCCAGGAGCUGGCAUCGCUGCCCGCCGAGCUCAUCAGCCAGAUCGGUAAUCGCUGCCACUCGAAGCUGUACGAGGAGGGCGACCCUGCUGAGAAACUGGAGCUGGUGAGCGGCACCUCUGUCUUCAUCUCCCGCGCUCAGCUCAUGAACUGCCACGUCAGCGCCGGGACGCGCCACAAAGUGCUACUCAGACGGCUGCUGGCGGCGUUCUUUGACAGGAGCACCUUGGCCAACAGCUGUGGAACUGGCAUCCGCUCAUCCACCAAUGACCCGAGUCGUAAACCACUGGACAACAGAGUGCUGCAUGCUGUCAAAUUCUACUGCCAGAACUUUGCGCCAAGCUUCAAGGAGAGCGAGAUGAACGCCAUCGCGGCCGACAUGUGCACCAACGCGCGCCGCGUUGUCCGCAAAAGCUGGAUUCCCAAGCUUAAACUGCUGAUGGCUGACAGCGACGCCUACUCCGCCUUCUUGGCCGACAGCGUAAAGAUGGAGGCCGAUACGCUGGGGGUGGAGCAAGGCUUCGACCCCGCCUCUUUGGAGGCCGUCACAUCGGCAGCGGCUAAUCAUAAUAACGAAGCGGGAAGUGGAGCCAUGCCAGCGGACAACCUUCAAGGGGCGGGAGGAGACAGCAGCACUUUGUUUUGAGUGAGAGACGGACAGAUGGAUGUUUGAUAGGCGGAGGGAGACGAAGACAUGGACCGCUGUGGUCCUGAUGGCGGUUAUCCCGCCCCUCAGCUGUGCCAUGUGGUCGGAGAUCUGCCUCUUCUCUUUGGUGGUGUGCUGUCCGUCCUUUCUGUCUCUCUCCACGCCUCAGAAUGUUUCCCGUUGUCCUUCUGAUGGAGAGAGACGGAAAACAAGUUGGAGGACGGAGGUUAAAGCUAAGCCCCUCCCUCCAUCUCUAUAUGGUUUGUUUCAGCUUUUUAUAUUUCUAAAGCUUGUUUUGUCACUAAAGCCCCUUUUUUGUAUAAAAAUAUCAAUCCCAGACAUUCCGUUUGGGAGGGGGGGCGAGAGCAUGGCAUUCCCUCCCCCCAAAACUCCGGUAACACUGUUGUUUUGAUAAUGAAUGUAUGCGUGGCGGCGCGUCGGAACCGAUGCGAGUCAGCGAUGACUGAGAGAUUGUGCUGAGCCCCUUUUGUUUGUUUGUUUGUUUGUUUGUUGUGUUGCUUUGAUCAUCUGGACGAUGCUUCUCUGAGCGUUGAUGAGGUCACGGGUUUGUUGAUACGGCUACUAACGCAGUUGGAGAUGUCCUGGAGCGCCGCCUGACCCCCCCCCCCCCCCCCCCCCCUUUAGAGAACGAGAAAAAGCAGCAAACACACUUGGCUCAUUUUUAAAAUCCCUAAACUUCCCGUUAGUAACCCUUAAAACAAUUAAGUUUGUUUACUUUUGAGUUUCUUGCUAGCCAAGGCUCCUGAAGGAGAGGAGUUGUGUUGCAGACGAUUGUCUAGGAGUUUACGUGAGUUAAAGGCACUGUGUCGUUUCCUGCGGUUUGAGUACAAUCAAACUAAGUUUUUGUAUUUAUCGAAGGAGAAGAGAGAUGUUUUUAUUUAAAAGGGAAAAAAUCCAAAAAAGGAAACAAAAAGUAGCAGAACUCUAGCUAGUAUCGACAUUUACCGCCCACUCUCACUCCUUCUGCCCGUCAUCAGCUCAGCUCAUCCAAACUGCUGUUUGUUGUUAUUAUUACAAGUGCUAAUAGUUGGCAGGGAACAGCAGCUGAGUGUGUGUGUGCGUGUGUGUGUGUGUGUGUGUGUGUGUGUGUGUGUGUGUGUGUGUGUGUGUGUGUGUGUGUGUGUGUGUGUGUGUGUGUGUGCGUGUGUGUGUGUGUGUUGAAUGGCCCGGUUGUGAUGUACAGAGAGAGCGGGAAGUCAGACGGCGGGUUUUCACACACACGCUCGGUGGAUCCAUUCAUCGUUUGGCGUGAUGAGCUAAUAAAAACAAGACGUCACAUUCGGGCUCUGGCGUCUUGCACAGCUCAGCAAAGCAUUGUGGGGGGAAAAGGAGAGCUACACCAAAAGAACGAGAGAGAAAAUCUUCCGCACUGCUUGGAAGUUUAUGGGCGGAAACGACGAUCAGACGCGAGAGGAAGCUGGGUCAGGUGAAUAUUGACAGAAUCAGAAGCAGAGCAGUGCACCGGGAAGCUCAGAUCCUUCAUUUAAACUCUUUUAUUUUUGUUUUUCACUCCUGCGUCUGAAAUCGAAUCUGCCAAAAGGAAUAGCUUGACUGUUAGAGGGACAAAAUCAGUCCAGUUCAUUCGUUACGAUCCAACGCGGACUCAAAAUCGCCCUCGUAUUUCUUUCUGUUAAUAUUUGUUGUAAGCGUCUUAUUGUCGCCUGUGUGGCAUCAAACAUUUGUCACCUGGUAAAGACUGAAACUGCUAAACGUUUCCUGAUUUAAGACCACAGCAACAUUGUUCUAAGACGUGUUGAAACGUCUUUGGAAAAGAGCAGCUUUCCAGGUGUUUUCCAGCCCAACAGUUUGUUGAUCAGUGUUAAAAAGCGUAGACUUCCCUCUAAGAUCGGGCUCGGGAGAAAUGUGUUUUAUUAUUAUAUAUAUUUAUAUAUUUCCAUGUCUUUCCUUGUUGUUAUCAUCAUUGUUGUUGUUGUUGUUGUUGUUGUUUUCUUUGCUAAUGGAUGUUAGUCCCUUAAGAGGAGCAUGUAAAGACCAAAGUAGGGAGCACACAGGUAACUGAGCUUGAGACACGCAGGAGAGAAAAUUCUUUAGGAAAAAGAUCUCACGGUACAAAGAUGGAGGAGACGGGAUGGUUGCACAUUUCUUUAGAUGAACUGUCAGUAAAAAGUACAGUUUAACUCCAGUAAAUAUGAAGGUGCUGCCUUAAACCAGCGAAGACAGCAAUGAGAAACAGGGACAGAAAGAGAGGACAAGCUCCCCACAGAGGAGGGACGAGUGAAUAGGAGGG